UUCACACAAAUUCUAUUAGAAAGGCAAUAAUUAAAAUAAAAUAAAAUAAAACAAAAACAAAAACAAAAUUUAAACCAAUCUACUAUCAUUUAUAGAUCAGUCCCGCUGUCUCUUUGUUUCUCAGAUUAGAUCGAGCAUCGAAUAGACCCGCACUUGACUUGAACCGUCGAAAGGUACUCCAGUUUUUCCUUUUUCAGUGCGUAAGAUCCUGUGAGUUAACAUGGCAAUGAUUGAUGAGCCUUUGUAUCCCAUUGCGGUUUUAAUUGAUGAGCUCAAGAAUGAAGAUAUCCAGCUUCGUUUGAACUCGAUCCGUAGACUGUCUACAAUUGCUCGUGCACUUGGGGAAGAAAGGACACGGAAGGAGCUGAUUCCAUUUCUGAGUGAGAACAAUGAUGACGAUGAUGAAGUUCUCCUUGCCAUGGCAGAAGAAUUGGGAGUUUUUAUUCCUUAUGUUGGAGGUGUGAAAUAUGCUAAUGUUUUGUUACCUCCACUGGAGACUCUUUGCACUGUUGAGGAAACUUGUGUGAGGGAUAAGGCUGUGGAGUCAUUGUGUAGAAUUGGUGCGCAGAUGAGGGAGCAGGACUUGGUUGAGUAUUUUAUUCCGCUAGUGAAGAGAUUGGCUGCUGGUGAGUGGUUUACAGCUCGAGUUUCCUCAUGUGGUUUGUUUCAUAUUGCAUACCCAAGUGCCCCUGAGGCAUUAAAAACUGAACUAAGAGCGAUAUAUAGUCAGCAUUGCCAAGAUGAUAUGCCCAUGGUUAGGAGAUCUGCUGCAACAAAUCUUGGAAAAUUUGCUGCUACUGUAGAAGCACCUCAUUUGAAGGUGGACAUCAUGUCUAUGUUUGAUGAUUUGACUCAGGAUGAUCAAGAUUCUGUUCGCUUAUUGGCUGUGGAUGGUUGUGCAGCUCUUGGAAAGUUGUUGGAACCCCAAGAUUGUGUGGCACAUAUUCUACCUGUCAUAGUUAAUUUCUCACAGGAUAAGUCUUGGCGUGUCCGUUACAUGGUUGCAAAUCAAUUAUAUGAGCUGUGUGAAGCUGUUGGACCUGAGCCUACUAGGUCGGACCUAGUACCUGCAUAUGUUCGCCUACUUCGUGAUAACGAAGCUGAAGUACGGAUUGCUGCUGCUGGAAAAGUUACUAAGUUUUGCCGAAUUCUGAAUCCAGAACUAGCAAUUCAGCAUAUUCUUCCCUGUGUCAAGGAACUAUCAACAGAUUCAUCCCAGCAUGUUCGUUCUGCUUUGGCUUCAGUUAUAAUGGGAAUGGCGCCUGUUUUAGGGAAGGAUGCGACCAUAGAGCAAUUGCUACCCAUAUUUCUUUCUCUUUUGAAAGAUGAAUUUCCAGAUGUCCGGCUGAAUAUAAUUAGCAAGCUUGAUCAAGUCAACCAGGUUAUUGGAAUUGAUCUGCUGUCCCAGUCCCUAUUGCCUGCAAUUGUAGAGCUUGCGGAGGAUAGGCACUGGAGGGUUCGGCUUGCAAUAAUUGAAUACAUACCUUUAUUGGCAAGUCAGUUGGGUGUUGGCUUUUUUGAUGACAAACUUGGUGCACUCUGCAUGCAAUGGUUGAAAGAUAAGGUUUAUUCCAUUCGUGAUGCUGCUGCUAAUAAUGUGAAGCGCCUGGCAGAAGAAUUUGGACCAGAUUGGGCAAUGCAGCAUAUAGUUCCACAGGUUUUGGACAUGAUUAAUAAUCCUCAUUAUCUGUAUCGGAUGACCAUUCUACAUGCAAUUUCUCUACUUGCCCCUGUUAUGGGCUCAGAUAUUACUUGUUCAAAACUCCUCCCUGUAGUUAUUAAUGCUUCAAAAGAUAGGGUACCCAACAUCAAAUUUAAUGUGGCCAAGGUGCUGCAGUCACUUAUUCCUAUUGUUGAUCAAUCUGUGGUGGAGAAGACAAUUCGUCCAUGCUUAGUGGAAUUGAGUGAGGAUCCCGAUGUCGAUGUCAGGUUUUUCGCCAGUCAAGCCUUAGAUUCAAGUGAUCAGGUCAUGAUGUCUAGCUAGAUCCUAGUGUCUUUAGUUGUUUCCUUUUGCACCUUUUUUGUUGUUCCAGAUGUUUCUUUUAGUUGUAUUUUUACCCUUUUAAAGUAAAAAAUCUGAAUUGCAGAUACAUGUAAUUUUCUUAAUUGAGGUGCUGAGUUCCUUUAGUCAAACAAUCGUAUAUUUUGUUUUGCUGCUGCUUUUUCUUUUUGAGAAAAUGUUUUAGGCAUAUCGUCACAUGCUUUUAUGAUCGCAAUCAAAGAAAUUCUUGAUAUGCGUGGUACAUCCUAUCGGACUGAUAAACUUCUGUUGGACAGGUUUCUCUUUCUAUCGUUAUGCACUGUGAUUUUAUUUCUAGACCCUGGAAUCUGCUGGGAGAAUCCUCUUUACAAGGGGAAUGCUAGGAAUAGUUACUGCCACAAGCUUUUUGACACUUAAAUUCAUGUGUAGCCACGUCGUCUAAUUUUUUGAACUAAAAACUUGCAGCUAUCUAUC